AUGGAGGAGUGUUUUGGGUGCUGGCAGGAGGCGAAGCGAGCAGACAAGGUCGCUGCAUUUCUUCUGGCUUUACGAACAGCGCUGAAGCCGGAAUAUUAUGAGAACAUCUCGGCCGUCCUAAAGGAAGUAGAAUCCGCAAGCCGGCUACUACGCGAUCUGUAUGACCUCUUCCCCAUCUACCAGACUAGGGUUCCUGUGGUUCUGUACUACCUCAACACAAUCCUACCCACUUUCCAGAAGACAAUGCGGGACAUGUUGAUCUACAUCGACAAUGGAGAACUUCCACCCAGGACCCAAUGGACAUUGAUGAGCCAGAGACUCAGCGAUCAAGGCGGAAUGACAUUGGCACAACGUUUUGUUAUGUACAAUGAAGCCCUAGUCCAGACAGUUCGGCUAUUAAGCAGGUGCAGGAUAACCUUUUCUAAACUCCAGCCAUUCGGCAUCAAUGAUUGGUUAGAGAUUAUUUUAACAAUUGUCAGCACUAGAUCCCCAUUAUAUGAUCCCACCUCGUUAGAAUUGUUGCGCGUCAGGCACAUGCGCUUGCGGACGCUACAAAACAUUCCAGACCCCCGGGCUCCGAUUGUGCCACACCAAGCGCCGCCACAGCCAAGCCAGGCAGAGCUUGAGGAGUCCAAGCGACGCCAUUGGGCAGAGAAAAUAUUCGAUGAUCAGCCUCAUUCGAUUACUGGAUUGAAACACAGGCGAGGGUCAAAAUGCUUCGGGCCCCCAAUGGUGGACAACAAUUUGGGAAUACCUCCUGGAUCGACGGUGCUUUUUAAGCUACCAUUCGACAAGAACAAGCUCUCUGUAACUCUCUACCUCCAUGCCGACGGAGCCGAUGUCACGCGGCUCCUAUGCAGAUGGGUGGACCCCUACUUCAACCCCCUAUAUUCGUGUUAUGGCGUACACGAGCUAUGUGUGAGACGAAAAGGCUCUAGUUUGCAAUUUCAGAGGUGGAACCCCACUAUCGCGCGGCCGAACAUAUGGAUGGCGCUUUUCUUCAAAACUUGGGAGCGAAUGGUACUCUUUCAUGCCGCUUUCGUAGCGCUGAAAGCACGUUGUCCGCUCACCAUCAACAUCAAUCCGGAUGAUUACAGUCUUGCUGGGGAACAGAUAUUGUUUCGAGCCCAAAUAAUCGACGACGGAUUCGAGCAUUCUCUCGCCGUAAUCCAAGAUGGGAAAUGCGGUGGUUUACGCCUGCAUGCUGCGGUUUGGAAUGGAGAGUUGAGGAAGUGCCCUGUCUGGACUGCCUUUAUUACUCAAUCCUCCGUCUCCCCCAAAUGGCUGAAUCGUCGUAGCGGUCAUCGAAUCUGGCUGAAAGAGAUUAGUCCAUACGUUUUCUGCGCGAACUAUAAGAAGAAACGUCAAGUGAGACGUCAUGGAGAUUUUGAAAUCUACUUUGUUGAUAGGGCUGCCGCCGAUGCUUUCGAAGAUAUUUUCAGGGAAGAAUCAGACACCGGCAGCCUGGUCUUGGAUGUGCCUAUCAUGUCAGGGGCGAAUGGAGACUGA